GGUUAUAUUUCCUGAGAUGCGGACAGAUGGGAAUGGCAUAACGGUUAAUGAACAAAUCAAGAAGUUAUUAUCGUAAAAAAGUAUACGAAGUUUCAAACGAAGUGACUGUAUUUCGGAAAUAAUGGCUGGAAAAUAUGGAAAAGACCUGGCACUGUCAAUGAUGCGAACAUUACCAAGACUUACUUUAUCUAACCUUCGAGACAAUCCCGGUUCAAGGAAACCUCCAAAACGCGGUCGAGGGCAACACGGUGGAGAUAAACAUGGAGCAGGUAACAAAGGCUCUAAGCAGAGGCAAAAUUUUAUGCGUCUUGGAUAUGAGACUGGAAAUACUCCGUUUUAUCUGAGAUUUGGUCGUGAACCAUAUUAUCAAGGGCACCAUUUGAGAAGACAAUAUCCACCUUUAUCGUUACGCGAUCUACAGUUAUACAUUGAUACAAACAGAAUAGAUUCAUCCAAGCCUAUAGAUCUUGUAUCUUUGAUCAACACAGGAUUAUAUAAGAUUAUAGUAGAACAUAAACAUGCAGGUGUUCACCUUACAGAUGAGGGAGCUGACGAAUUUCAAGCUAAAAUAAACAUAGAAGUUCAAUGGGCCAGUGAACCUGUAAUUGCUGCAAUUGAAAGAAGUGGUGGUACUAUAACUACAGCAUAUUAUGAUCCCCAUUGUUUACUCGCAAUGCAAAAUACAAAUAAGUUUUUUAACAGAGGAGAACCUAUACCUCGUAGACUGCUACCACCAACAGAUUGUUUAGAGUACUAUUCUAGUUCAGCAACAAGAGGAUACUUAGCAAAUCCCGAGGAGAUUUCUCAAGAACGAUUAAUUUUAUCUCAAAAAUAUGGUUAUGUAUUACCAAAGGUUGAAGACGAUUCACAGUAUGAAAUGCUUACCCAGCGCAAGGAUCCUAGACAAUUGUUUUAUGGUCUUGCACCUGGUUGGGUUGUGAGUCUUCAGGAUAAAGCAAUUCUUAAGCCUAAAGCUGAAUAUCUUAAAGAAUUUUAUUUGAGUUAAAUUACUUUUUGUAGAGCAUUAUAUAAAUAAAAAUAAA